AUGUCGAAACCGAAUAAAUCUACACCGGAACCUGACACCGUCGACGAUAAGCUUCGCGACUCAUUGAAGAUAGAAGAUAACAAGCCAGAUACUGUUAAUGCCGAUCUUGGAUCACCGAUUACUCCGCUUCAGACUCGGGCGAGUGGACUCACCUCCGCGGCAACCACAACUACCACUAGCAGCAGCUGCAGUUCUAGCUCGUCGGGAUCGGUAACGGGCCGCGUCGGGCAUGCUCCGGUAACGAGAAAACCCGAUUCCGAUCGGUCAAAUCCCUCCACCGCUCAAUCCAAGCCUAGCAUUCCCUCCGCCGCCGCUCAAUCCGCGUCCAGCAAUCUCGCCGGCGUUCAAUUGAAAUCCAGCGCCACCUCCGCCGCGAAAUCUUCCAAGUCCGCCGCGGCUCAAUCUUCAAAACCCACCGCCGCUCAAUCUCCAAAAUCCACCGCUCCCUCCGCCGCUCAAUCUUCAAAGACUACCCCUCCCUCCACCGCUCAAAUUAAGUCCGGCGAUAAACCUUCCAAGUCUACCAGUCCCUCCGCCGCACAGCCUGGGUCCAGCAAUCCCGCCGGCGCUAAAAUCGGGUCAAGCAGUAGCAUCCCAAAGACCGCGGGUGGUAAUCUGAGACGCUCUGCUUCAGCGGACUCGGCAUUAAAACAAACGGGCAAAAGCACUACUCCGCCGCAACAGCCGGUCAAGAUAAUCCCCGCCGGAAACCUUUUCCCGUCCGGGAAAGUCCAAAUUACAGGGAUGAGCAAUAGCACGACUCAAAAGAACCAAAAAAGCAUGGUUCUUGCAACAGGAGCCGCCACCAACACCAAAUCAUACGGAUACGGCAACAUAAUGAGAGGAAACAGCGUCUCUCCUCCUGUGAAGCCAACAACAACGUCGUCGUCCUCUGCUUCUUCUUUCUCCGGUCCGUUUCAAGUCGUCAGCAAAAGAUUCACCGGCGACUCAGACGUUACGGAAACAACGUGGAGGCAAAUGAUGAAUAGUACGAAUCCGGACGAUUUAAAGAGAUCUGGAAACGAAAUGUUCAAGAAAGGCUGUUUCAACGACGCUUUGAGGCUGUACGAUCGAGCAUUAGAGCUCUCGCCGAGUAACGCGACUUGCCAUAGUAAUCGUGGAGCUGCUUUGACGGGUUUGGGCCGGAUCGGUGAAGCUGUGAUUGAGUGUGAAAAAGCUAUCAACUUGGAUCCGAAUUUCACUAGAGCUCAUCACCGUUUAGGCACAUUGCUUCUUAGAUUAGGUCAGGUUGAUAGUGCAGGGAAGCAUUUUUUCUCAAAGGAGGAACCAUCAGAUCCAAUGGUGGUGAAGGUGCUUGAGAUGGUAGACAAACACUUGUUUAAAUGCACAGAAGCAAGAAGACGUGGUGACUGGAAUAUUGUUUUGAAUGAAGUAUGUGCAGCUAUGGUGUCUGGAGCUGAUUUGUCUCCUCAGCUAUCUAUGUGUAAAGUUGAAGCACUACUGAAACUCGUGAGGAUUGAUGAUGCUCAAACAGUACUAGCGUUUGUUCCCAAAGUGGAUCCUUUCCCAGUCUGUAUCUCACAUACUCGGCUCUUCGAUAUGAUCUGUGAAGCUUACAUGUUGUUUGUCAAAUCCCAAAUGGAGUUAGCUCUAGGAAGGUUUGAAAAUGCAGUUACAGCUGCAGAGAAAGCUUCAGAGAUGGAUCCAAGAAACAGUGAGAUCGAAUCGUUUUAUAGGAAUGUUAGGUUGAUUGCCAAGGCUCGUGAUCGUGGCAACGAUCUUUAUGAGUCAGAAAGAUACACUGAGGCAGGAGCAGCUUAUGCAGAAGGACUUAAGUUUGAUCCGUACAAUGCUCCUCUGUUGAGUCUUAGAGCAGACUGUUUCUUUAAAGUUGGGAUGUGGGAGAGCUCGAUCGAGGAUUGUGACCAUGCGUUGCUUAUUCACCCGAGUUACAUAAAGGCUUAUCGUCAGAGAGCCGCAUCAUACUGCAAGCUGGAGCAAUGGCUUGAAGCAGUUAGAGAUUACGAAUUCUUAAGACAGGAACUACCUUAUGACAAAGAAAUUGCUGAGUCUUUGUUUCACGCUCAAGUUGCGUUGAAGAAAUCUCACGGAGAAGUAGUUCUAAACAUGGAGUUUGGAGGAGAAGUUGAGGAGAUUUCUAGUUUUCAAGAGUUUAGAGCUGCAUUGACCCGUCCUGGAACUACCAUUGUACAUUUUAUGAGAGCUGCUGAUCAACAAUGCAAAGAGAUGUGUGUUUUCAUGGACACCCUCUGCAUUCGUUAUCCAUCUAUUCACUUCCUCAAGGUGGAGAUCGAGAAAUGUCCUGCGGUUAAUGAUAAAGAGAAAGUGAGAGUUGUGCCAACAAUCAAGAUCUUCAGACUUGGGAUUAGGAUCAAGGAGAUUGUUUGUCCAAGCAAAGAAGCAUUGGAGAAUUCAGUGAGGAACUAUGUCGCUUAG